AGUACAGAAUCUACACCAAAAGCGUUAAGCAGCAUCCUGUUGCGGUGUAUAAAAGCGGGAAAACGAAAAAUUAACAAAAAUAACAGAAAAAAUAUUCUUUAAAAUUUUGUGAAAACACAAAAAUUUUGAAAAAAGUGCAUUUGAUUGAAAGAAAAUGGAGUUCAAAGUUCUCAAAAGCUUAUUAGUACUAACAACACUAAUAGCUGUUUUGGCGCCCGUCAUUGAUGCCGCCAAGAUACUAGCGGUUUAUGUAUAUCCGGGCAAAAGUCACUUUAUGAUGCAUCGCGUGCUGAUAAGCGAGUUGGUGAAGCACGGACAUGAGGUAACCAUGAUAACGGCUUACACGCUAGCGCCACUCAGUCUGGGCAGCAAUUAUACAGAGAUACUCAUUGAACCGGUGUACGAUUAUCGAAAGGAUGCGACUGUUGACACCGGCAGCAAUACAAUAUUCGAUAUGUCAAAUAAUGACAUAACGGACUUUAUGAAUAUGAUGAAGGCGAUUUGCAUGGGCAGCACCGAACAUGCGCUCAAACAGCCGAAAGUGCAAGCCAUCAUUAAUGCGGAACGAACACAGGGUGUCUACGAUCUGCUGUUGGUCGAGCAAUUCUAUCAGGAUGCCUUCCUCGCUUUGGCGCAUAUUUAUAAUGUGCCGGUGGUGAGUACUGCCACUUUCGCCAAGGAGCAUUAUAUGAGCCAAAUGUUUGGUGUUGUGACGCCGUGGUCUCAUGUGCCGCACGGUUCACUGCCACUCACGGAUCGCAUGAGCUUUUGGCAGCGCGUGCAGAAUGCAUACAAUAUACUACAAACGGAUUACAGUCGAGAGUUUCAAUACUUUCCGAUGGUGGAUGCGUUGAUUGCGAAGUAUUUUGGACACUUGCCAAUUAAAUUCCCGAGCGCUUCCGCGAUGGAUAAGAAUCUCUCCGCCAUACUGAUCAACAACUAUACACCGUUAUCAACCGCGGGUCCAACCAUGGAUAAUAUGGUCAAUGUUGGUGGCAUGCACAUCUAUCCACCGAAAGCACUUCCCUCAGAGCUGCAAAACUUUUUAGACGGCGCUGAGCACGGCGCCAUCUACUUCAGCUUGGGCAGUCAAGUGGAGAGCAAGGAUAUGCCAGCAGAGAAGUUGCGGCUCUUCCUCGAUGUAUUUUGCAAUCUAAAACAGCGUGUGCUGUGGAAGUUCGAAAAUGAAAGCAUCAUCAACCUGCCACCGAAUGUUAUGGUGAAAAAGUGGAUGCCACAAAGUGAUAUACUGGCACACCCUAAUGUGCGCGUAUUCAUCACACAUGGCGGUCAACUGGGCACACAGGAGGGUGUGCACUACGCGGUGCCCAUGCUGGGCAUGCCUUUCUACUGUGAUCAGCACCUCAAUUUGAAGAAAGCGGAGCUCGGUGGCUACGCUGUAACGCUGGACUUCUACAAGCUCACACGUGAAUCUCUGAAGGAAGGGCUGCAACAACUGCUCUACAACAAUACAUACCGUGAUAAUAUUAGAAGCAUAUCAAACAUCUUCCACGAUCGUCCGAUGGGCGCACGUGAGACGGCGCUCUACUGGAUCGAUUAUGUCAUACGUCACAAGGGCGCACGUCACUUGCGCGCUGCUGGUCUUGACUUGAAGUGGUACCAAUUCUAUUUAGUGGAUGUGGUGGCACUGUGUUUGACUGCUAUAUUAUCAACGCUGGGCAUUGCUUUUUUGUUGGUGCGUUGGCUUCUAAGGAGUCUUGAUAGUAAGCCACAAAAACAAAAGCUUCUUUAAAAUUUAUUUGUAGUAAGAAUUCGUGUUUAAGUAUAAUAAAUAUUUAUAAUUUAAGACAAAAAAAUAGUAAAAAUAUUUAGAUAUAUUUCUUGUAAGCAAUAAGUAUUUUGUAUUGAAAUUAAAUUAAGAAAAUUGCGUAAAUAACUAUUAAAAUAAGUUAGAAUAUUUUUUUAUAAAAUAAAUUAAAUUUUUUUAUAUAAUAUUGUAUAUUUUUUUAAUUUUGUAUUUGUAUGCUACUUAGUUUAAUACGCACAUCAACAAGCGCCCAUUUUAUUUGUUAGAUCGUUAGCCUAAAAGUAUGCAAUACAUUUUUAGUGAUCUUAGUUAGAAUGUGAGUUGUGAGUAUGUAGUGGUAAGCAUACUAAGAAUGUUGGACUUGGAUGAGGGUAUUCACAAUUUGUGCAAAUAUUUUUGUCUUAAAAAAGGAAUCUUAGUCACAUGAUCAUU